GAGCAAAUCUAGAACCGGCAAAAUGGUUGAAUGGACAGACUUCGAGCGCGCCACCAUCCAGGACAUCUUCUCCAAGAUGAACUAUGAGGACGUGGGCCCCGCUGCUCUUUCCAGGUGCCUGGUUGUCUACCCCUGGACUCAGAGGUAUUUCGGCGGAUUUGGAAACCUCUACAACGCCACUGCCAUCAUCGCUAACCCUAUGGUUGCAAACCACGGAAAGGUUGUCCUGCACGGUCUGGACCGGGCUGUGAAGAACAUGGACAACAUCAAGGAGACCUACGCUGAGCUGAGUGUGCUGCACUCCGAGAAGCUGCACGUGGACCCCGACAAUUUCAGGCUGCUGUCCGACUGCCUCACCAUCGUGAUUGCUGCUCGGAUGGGUAAUGACUUCACCGGUGAUGUCCAGGCAGCUUUCCAGAAGUUCCUGGCCGUGGUGGUGUCCUCCCUGGGAAGGCAGUACCACUAGAGAGCUGCAGCACAAGAGAAGACCAUCGCACGCUGGAUCAUGUUUUUAAAAGCUCUUUUUUUAAAAUCAUGCCUCUAAAGCAGAAAUAAAUAAAA